AUGUCAGAGGCUUUAAUUAAUCGUUCAUUGACCAACAUUAGAACUGAAUUAGACUUUUUACUAGAAAAUAAAGUUAUCUCUAAAGAUUUUUAUGAUGAAUUUAAUAAUAGAUUACCAAAGGAUUCUAGUAGGCCAAAUAAGAUCAAGAAGACAAAGAAGUUUGUUGAAGCAAUUUAUCCAUAUGAAUCACAACAAUCAGGUGAUUUAAGGCUGAAUGUAGGCGACAAAAUUGAAGUUUUGGAAGUUUUAUCUGAAAGCUGGUUGAAAGGUAGGUGCAAUGGUCAAAUUGGUGUUUUCCCUUCAAAUUAUGUUAAACCAUUAAAUAGUUAUAACAUCAACACUAAUAAUAAUAAUAAUAAUAAUAGUGUAUAUAGACCAUCUGCACCUUUACCAAAUCAACAAUAUAAUAAUAAUGAAAAAAUUUCUAAUCAUAACAAUAAUAGCAAUUACACACAAAUUGCUUCACCACCACAACUACAAUCACAAAAACCACCGAAAAAGCAUAAUCAUCAAUUUUUACAUCAAUUUGGCAGUAGAUUAGGUAAUGCAAUUAUAUGGGGUGCAGGUUCUAAAUUGGGUCAAGAUUUGGUGAAUUCUGCAUUUGAUAAAUUGCAUGAUAGAGAGAUCAAAAAUGAGAACGAAUGA